UAGGCUGUAAUCGCAAUUGUGUCGUGGCUGAACGAAUGCAUAUAAACUAAUCACUGUCUGAGAUUAUUCAGUUUUUAGAUUAGAGAAAUCUCAGCUUCACAAACAUAACUCAAUAGUCAGUCAGAGACUUCAUAAUUAGAAUUUUGAUUGAGCCAAACGAAAGAAAGAAAGAAAAAAAAAAGCCACACUUCUGCCCUUUUUUAUUUUCUGAAAUCAUCGUUACUCUUCGCACCAAAAAUGACGACCCUAGAAAAGUAUAUCUUUUUUGUAGUUGUGGGCUUCCUUUGCCUCUGCAAUGUCCAAGCAGAGAUCGAGUGCAACUAUACUGUGACGACGCAAGCCUGGUUCGAUAUCGUUAUCAAAGAUUAUGAUGGUCCCGGAGAAGAUCUUCAUGAUCGUCUUGUGGUCGGUCUGUUUGGAAAAACAGCUCCAAUAACUGUCUUGAACUUUGCCAAAAUCACAAAUGGCUACAAACAUCGUAGCACCACACUUCAUUACAAGAAUACGAAAAUUCACCGUAUUGUGGUAGACUUCCUCAUACAAAUGGGUGAUGUGACACGAGGUGAUGGCACUGGUGGUAAAAGUAUCUAUGGAGACACCUUCGAUGAUGAAGAAUUCAUAUUAAGUCACAAUAGUACAGGUAUUGUUUCCAUGGCAAACCAUGGCAAAAAUACAAAUGGUUCUCAAUUCUUCAUUUUGUUGCAACAAACAAAGUGGUUGGAUGGAAAACAUGUUGUCUUCGGUAAAUUGUUGAAAGGAUACGAUUUUCUGAGAAAGAUUGGUGCAAUCGACACUGAUGAAAUAAAUCAGCCUAAAAAGAAAGUCAAAAUCCUCGAUUGUGGUGCUGAGGAUGUACCAAAUCCAUUUUGUCUCAGUGAAAGUCAAAGCGUGGCAAACGCUGAUAUGGAUGUCGAAAUCAUCGUAUAAAUUGUUAUUAUUGUUUUUCUUUAGCAAAAUCAAGCAAAAUUUCGUAUUUCUUCUCAUUCUUUCCACCUUAUCAUUUCCCUCAACAUAUUUUGCUGCUGCACUUUCUCACUUCCAGUUUUAUUCCUUCGAUGAUAAUUUGGCAAAAUGUUAACGAAGAGAUAAGCCUUUUGCAAGAACAAACAAAUCAGAAGAGUCUCAACAAAACUAUUAAAAAAUGCCACCCAUAUAUAUAUAUAUAUAUAUAUAUAUAUAUAUAUAUAUAUAUAUAUAUCUUGUGUGUUCACGGUGGAACGUUGGCAGAAAACUAAUUAUAUAAACUAGUGUUUAUCAUAAUUUCUCAUAUAUAUAUAUAUAUUAUAUGAUCGGAGUUUUUGUUGAAUUUUGCGUUGCACCGAUGAACUCAGAACAAACCAAAAUGUGACACCGCUUAAUUCCGCAAUUUUAUAUAUUAUUCACCAACAACGUUGCUUGUUCUAUUUUAUUUUCUCAUUACACACAAACAACUUUUGUAAACUUUUCUUUUUGAUUUUUUUUCCUUUUGUAUUUCUGAUCUUAAAUGUUAUUUACUUCUUACUUAGAGAAAAAUAUUAAUCUCCAAAUUUGGUAUUUUAAUUUAAUUAAGCGUCACUCACCAUACCAUGUGUAUGAAAAAGUAAAAUAAACGUUUAUAGAUCAAGUAAUCAAGAGUAUUUUAUAAUUAAUAUAAUUAUUGUUUACUAACUACAGUCAUUGUUAUUGUUAUUAUAUCCAGAUGUAAAAGCAGUGAACUGAGAUAAUCAUUAGUGCGUCGGACGAGAAAAUGCUUAGCGGUAUUUCUUCUGGAUCUUUACGUUCUGUGUUCCAAACUCCUCCCACCCCAGGUCAACUUUGCUUUUCAUCCGAUAAAAUAAAGUGCUAAAGUAUUGGAACCGAGGAAAUAUACUUGUCCACUCCUCCCCGCAUCGCUUAGUGGUUAAGGUAUUGGACUCAUGGUCGUAAGUAAGAUUGCGGUUUCGAAUCCUUGACUGGGCGACGAAUUGUGUUCGUGAGCAAAAUACUUCUGCGACGAGCCGGCGUCCCGUCCAGUGGGUAAAUACAUAUACGCCACGGAAACCGGGAACCGGUCUUUAUGAGUAGAUAGGGUUCGGGAAGGAUGUUUUAUCUGUUAUCUUUCGAUAAUCGAUCUAAGUACUACCAUGUCCUAAUUUGUGAUCUGUGAAAGUAUAAGAAUUCAUUAUAACUGGAGAAGACGCGUAGACAGAUUCUAAAGUCAGGAAGUAAAAAAAAAAAAGUCAUAUAGGCCCCUAAGGGCCAGUUUCCCGGUUUCCAUUCCCUACCUGGACGAAACACUAGUUCAUUGCAGUAUUACACAUUUUUGCCAGCUGAGUGGAUUGGAGCAACAUGAAAUGAAGUGUUUUGCUCAAGAACAGAACGCGUCGCCUGGUCCAGGAAUCGAAACCACAAUCUUACGAUCAUGACUCUAAUACUCUAACCACUAAGCCACAAGCCUACACAAAGUAAUGAAGAGCGAGCAUUUAAAAAAAGGCGCCGUGACACGUACCAGACUAUUUAAACUCAUUGGUAUACAUGUUAUAAAAGGCGCCAAUUUUGAAAAAUGUCCUCGGCGGUGGAGGAACGGUCGUUCCCCACUGUUAGCUACGCUAUUGAACUUGGAUAUGAUACACAAGUACAACGUCGGAAUUCCUCAGACCUCGGUACAAAAGCCUUUCCAGAUUACACAAAUAAAAAUCUACUUAAUGAUUUCAAAUGUUGACACAAGGCCAGCAAAUUCGGGGAGGGGUAAGUCGAUUACAUCGACCCUUGUGUUCAGUUGGUACUUAUUUUACCAACCCCGAAAGAAUUAUAGGCGAAGUCGACCUCGGGGGAACUUGAACUCGGAACGUAAAUACGGAUGAAAUGCCGCUAAGCAUUUUCCCGGCCUGCUAACGAUUCUGCCUGCUCACCGCCUUAUUUUACUUAAAUAAUGAAAUACAGGUAUCUGUACAUUAGUAUAGAUGAUACAAUUUUAUUAAUACUGUGCUAUGCACGUUAUAGUGAAACAAGGACGACCACUAAACUAGCGAGGCGGCCGCGGGGAUCCGAAAUUAUAGCUCGUCAAUUUGUGCAGACUAUAAGAGGUUCUAGAACCAUCAGUGACCCAAAAGUCAGUGAUGUUAUUUAUAUGAAGCUGAUAUGUACCACGGUUAUCUCCCUCUUUUUACUUAUAUUAAAUGACGUUCAUCUUGAAAAAUAUUCAAAGAGAUCGUGAACACACAUACUACGUUUACAGA